GAGAGGGUGAGGGAUAAAAGACUACAUAUUGGGUACAGUGUACCCUGCUUGAAUGAUGGGUACACUAAAAUCUCAGAAUUCACCACUAUAGAACUUAUCUAGGUAACCAAAAACCACCUGUACCCAAAAAAACUAUUGAAAUAAGAAAAUAAUGAGGCCUAUAAAAGGUUUUCUGAACAUAACAAAACCAAAAAACUUAAGCCUUAUAGGUUUACUCCAUAAUUUUCAAGAAACAGGGCACCCAUUCACAGCUCUCCCUGAAUAAUAUCUUACUGAUCCUUUUGUUAAUACUGGACGAUUGUCACAGAAGGACUGAGCCUAAAAGUUAACCAUAAUUUGGGAUUUACAAAUUAAUCUUUUCAUUUUUAUAAACAUUUAAAACUCCAAUAUUACCAAUGAAUAAAACAAGUGAUAAAAAACUCAAAGACCAAAAUGUGCUUCAAGAACUUCAGUAACACAGUAACUGAAGAACAACACAACACAGGAUUCACCAGUCUUAAUUGUGGUAAUCAGGAAAGAAAGCAAUUGAAAAGCGGAGCAGGCACUCCAGUUACGGUCCCUGUGCAUACCCACCUGGUGGACCUUGAGAGAAGAGAAUUAUCAUCAAUUCCCAUGUGCCAUCUUUGAACACCUAAAACCCAAGGGCAUUGAUACUAAAGAAGAAACUGACAACAGAGGGUUCUUCUUUACUAAAACAGCCAGCAAAAGCACACUUUUUUUUUUUCACUCUCUAGUGGAGAUUUUGGACAUUAACAUUAUAAAACCACUUAUUACUAAUCUAAACUAUGACAACAUCUGAAUACAUUUUACUGAAAAGCAGGGCAUUAAAAGGCUAAAUUUCUGCAUGAUACUCACAGAACAGACAAAUAUUUCUCACUAAUUUUACCUUCAAAUAAUGCAAUUUUUAAGUCACCACAGUUUAGUAAGUGCUCAAUUUUUUUUUUUUCAACAGGGUCUCACUUUUCACCAGGCUGGAAUGCGGUGGCACAAAGGCAGCUCACUAGAGCCUCAACUGCCUGGGCUCGAGCAAUUCUCAUGGCUCAGUCCCCCAAAUAGCUGGGAUUACAGGCACUCACCACCAUGCCCACUUAAUUAUUUUAUUUUAUUUUAUAGAGAUGAGAUUUCACCAUGUUGCAGAGGCUGGUCUCCAACUCCUGAGCUCCAACAAUCCGCCCACCUUGGCCUCCCAAAGUGCUAGGAUUGCAGGCAUGAGCCACCACACCCAGCCUUAAGUGCUCAAAACUUUUUAAAAAGGGAUUUUAGAAAAUGCUUUCUUUAGUAAAUGCUUCUAUUUAUAAGAAGAUGUCAAAAUUCUGUCUUAGAAUCACUUAACUGUCUUCACCUCAUGUUCAGAAGUCAUUUGGCAUAUAAAACAGACAUGUCCAACCCAUAGCUCAAGAAUCUCAGUUGGCAGAAAACUGUGAUAAAACAAACACUAUUGUUUUAAACUCAUUGUUCCAGAUAGUAGAUCUCCAUUACCACCCUUUACCAUCAGUAAAGAAAGAAGAGGGCCAAUUUUCUUUUGAUCCAUUUCUUUGAAAGCAGGUAAUAUCGGUGAAUCUAACUUACUCACUGGCCAUAACCUACGAAGGUGGCAGCCAUCUCCUCCUCGGCAUCAUGGCCGCCCUCAGACCCCUUGUGAAGCCCAAGAUCGUCAAAAAGAGAACCAAGAAGUUCAUCCGGCACCAGUCAGACCGAUAUGUCAAAAUUAAGCGUAACUGGCGGAAACCCAGAGGCAUUGACAACAGGGUUCGUAGAAGAUUCAAGGGCCAGAUCUUGAUGCCCAACAUUGGUUAUGGAAGCAACAAAAAAACAAAGCACAUGCUGCCCAGUGGCUUCCGGAAGUUCCUGGUCCACAACGUCAAGGAGCUGGAAGUGCUGCUGAUGUGCAACAAAUCUUACUGUGCCGAGAUCGCUCACAAUGUUUCCUCCAAGAACCGCAAAGCCAUCGUGGAAAGAGCUGCCCAACUGGCCAUCAGAGUCACCAACCCCAAUGCCAGGCUGCGCAGCGAAGAAAAUGAGUAGGCAGCUUGUGUGCACAUUUUCUGUUUAAAUAAAUGUAAAAA